AUGGCUACUUCUAGUCGUUCUUUCUGCGUGGCUCUUCUUGUACUAAGCAUUGUUAUGGCAUGUUUGAAGGAGGGACAUGGAGAGGAUGGAGAUGAUUAUUGCUACUAUGGUGGCUGGCGUGGAUGCAAAAAUCAUGUUGGAGGAGGAGGAGGAGGAGGAGGCGGGGGCGGUGGUGGUGGAGGAGGAAGUGGUAAUGGAGGUUCUGGGCAUGGAGAGGGUCAUGGUGCGGGGGCAGGUGUAGGUGUAGGAGGUGGUGGUGGUGGUGGCGGAGGUCAUGGAGGUGGUGGUGGGAAUGGAGCUAGUGGUUCAGGUCAUGGUGAAGGAUUUGGAGCUGGAGUUGGUGCAGAAGGUGGUGGAGGCGGUGGUGGGUCCGGUGGUGGAGGUGGCAGUAGUGUUGAUGGAGGGUAUGGUCAUGGAAGUGGUUUUGGAGCAGGCGGAGGUUUUGGAACUUUUGGAGGACGUAAAGGUGGUGGUGGUUUUGCAGAGGGAGCUGGAGGUGGAGGAGGUGGUGGGGGUGGCGGUGGGGGUGGUUCAGCAGGAGGAUCGGGUCAUGGUAGUGGCUUUGGUGCUGGAGCUGGUGUGGGAGUCAGCGGGGGAGGUGGAGGUGGUGGAGAAGGUGGUGGUGGCGGCGGUGGCACCAAUGGUGGGUAUGGUCAUGGAAGUGGUUUUGGAAUGGGUAUAGGUUUUGGUGGAAAUGGAGGUGGAGGAGGAGGAGGAGGAGGAGGAGGCGGAGGUGGAGGUGGUGGCAGCAAUGCUGCCGGUGGAGGAUCUGUUCAUGGUAGUGGAUUUGGAGCAGGUGGUGGAGUUGGUGGCGCUGCCGGUGGUGGUGGUGGAGGCGGUGGAGAAGGAGGAGGAGGAGCUGGAGGAGGAGUUAAAAAUACUAGCGAUGACAAUGGUGGUGGUGAAGGUUAUGGUGAAGGAUAUGGGCAUGGAGAAGGCAGUGGCUAUGGUGGAAACAAUAAUGGUGGAGGCAUUGGAAUGGGAUUUGGAAUGGGUAUGGGAUUUGGUUUUGGCAUUGGAACAGCUGGUACUAGUGGAAAUUCUAGUCCUGUUGAUGAAGCUAGCAAGAAUGUUGACAAACAACCCUAA